AUGGAAAUUUAUAAUCGAUAUUCUGAAAGUGAUGGGUUUUGUAAUGCUUAUAUCGCUUGUGCUUCUACUGGUAAAGCUGCUGUGGCUAUCAAUGGGACAACAGUACACACUGCACUGAAGAUAAGUCUUUCAAAGUUGCUUCCUUUAUCAAUUGAAGUAGCCCAACAAUAUAGAUCACUUUUUAAAUAUGUUCGUGUAUUGAUUAUCGAUGAAAUUAGUAUGAUUGGAGCCGAGUUGUUGUCCCAAAUAGAUUCAAGGUUAAAGCAAAUCACCGGUAAUUUUGAAGUCCAUUUUGGUGGAUUAGAUAUAAUUUUGAUUGGUGAUCUACGUCAACUACCGCCAGUUCGUGCUACCCCAAUUUACAAACAAAUAAAACGACAAAUAGCAGGUUCAACACUAUGGCGAGGGUUGAAAUUUUUCGAACUAAACGAAGUUAUGCGACAAGCUAAUCAAAGUUUUGCAACAAUAUUAACAAAAAUUGGUAAUGGACAGUUGUUAGAUCAGGAAGAGCUAGAUUUAAUUGAGUCACGGAUUUACUCUGAAGAAGAAGCUGAGAGACUUUGUCCAGACGGUAUACGAUUGUUUCUUAAUAUUCAUCCAUUUCCUGAAUACUCCAUUAAAAUUUUGAAUUCUAUAGAAGAAAAAAGUGAAUUCAGAGGCAACUGA